AGGCCUUUUUUCACACUCUGUCAAUAAUGAUCAAAAUCGAAGUAGUAAGUGUUCACCAGAUUGAUAGCCUUGGUGUUGAAAAUAAGCCAGGGUCACUGGAGGCGAACGUUACUCUUGAGAAGUUAAAGAGCUAUGUUGCCACUGAGCAAGACGGAAAUAACACUAUUAACUAUUUAUUUACACGGAAGCCACUGUUCGUAAAAGCAACUGGAGAGGAGCCUAACGACCAUUACACUUACUAUGGCACAUACAAAACAUUUUGCAGUACACUGAAGAGCGCUGUUAUCGUGCAUCAUGAGAGUAUGAACGACCCAGCAAAUGCUAUAGGAGGGACGGCAUGGAUGUUUGGUCUAACGAGUUUCGACUCGAUCGAGCUGCAUUACUUCACCAUGCUGUGGGUCUUUGAACAAUGCCCAAAAAGCAGUUGCCCGGCACACUGCACUACACAAUGUCCAGCAUAAUGAGCUGAAUGAAGACACCUGGAUAAGUUUUCAACUAUCAAAUAAAACAGAGUAGCUUGGAUGAAAUGCGAGUUAAUAAAGUUUUUUUCAUACAU